ACAACAAAAUAUUCAUAAGCCGAUUCGAUUUGGCACGUUAACCGGUGUUUGUUGUGUACAGGUGAACAUUUAGGAUAUUUGGUAUUUUGCAAGCUACUUCUAUGCAACUUUGAAGAUAAAGGGUUGAGCUUUCGGGAAUAAUGACUACGAUAUCACUGAUACAAGGAGCCAGUAAAGGAAUUGGUCUGCAGUUUUGUAGGACUUUAUUAUCAAGGGAUCCACAGUCAGUGGUUAUUGCUACAUGCAGAUCUCCAGACAAAGCCAGUGAACUGUUACAACUACAGAGUGAUGUACCCAACAGACUACACAUACACCAGCUAGAUGUUACCAAGACGACAGACAUUGAAAACGUAUGCAACAAGACAACUGAAAGCUAUGGACGACUCGAUUUGUUAAUCAAUUCAGCUGGAAUGCUGCAUCCAUCGGGGAAAGGGGAAACCAGUUUGAGAGAUGUUACGGAAGAGGGACUGAGUCAGACAUUUGCUACAAACACAAUAGGACCAUUGAUAAUGGCCAAAUUCUUUGCUCCUCUUCUAAAGAAAGGAAAUGGUGACAUUGGGAAACAACCUUCUAAACAUACGGGUGUUCUUGUCAACAUGUCUGCUAAAGUUGGGUCAAUUACAGAUAAUGGUCUUGGUGGCUGGUACAGUUACAGGCUGUCUAAAGCUGCUCUCAACAUGACUACUAAAAAUCUUAGCAUAGAGCUUGGACGUGGGAAAAAUAAAAUCACAUGUAUAUCUUUACAUCCGGGUACUGUAGAUACCGACCUGUCUCGUCCAUAUCACAAAGGUGUUCCCAAACUGUUCAGUACUGAAGAAUCUGUUAGAAUGAUGCUUGAAGUUAUUGACUCCUUGAGUGUAGAAGAUACCGGGAAAUUCUUUACAUACGAUAGAACGGAACUUUCAUUUUAGUAAUCUAUGAUUUGUUUUUCUCAUAAAUAACACAAAUAAAAAGGUAAAAUAAUGUCUUUAAUUUCCAACUCGCUUACCAACAGGUAUACUUCUAAUACCUAAAUUGGCCAUAAAAGUAAAACAUGUACACGAGGUUUAUAAUUUUAAAUGAAAAGUUCUUAUUUGUAAGGUUUGAAGAAAAGUCUUUAAGGUUUAAAAGUAAAGUGGAUAUACUUCUAAUGAAUAAUUUGAUACAAAAGUCGACAAUUGUUUCGCGAAAUAUUGUGUUGCUGCUGUCAGAUUAAAGUGUCAAGUUGACGGUCAUGACUUGAGUCUGAGUUUAUGUGUCUGAAACAAAAUCGACUUGUUACUCUAGAUGCUACAUCUGUAUUUUGAAAAGAAUUCUGUCAAUGUUAAUACCUGACAUGAAGACUUAACAAAGUUAUUAAAAUAAAUGACCACCCUGAGGUUGUAGCUAAAUCUGAACCUAACUACAACAAAAAUAUUUUCAAUUAGUUAAUACAGUGACAGAAUAAUAAAACAA